UGCUGUCAGGGUGUGUAAGCUCCUGUCAUCCUGUCAUCACUGUGCCUGGUGCAGGGCGCUGGAAGAUUCUUUGAGGAAGUGGAAGAAGGCAGGACUCUCAAGCUGCAGCUCUUCGCCCGUUGUGUUCACCUUUGGCUUUUGUGGGGCAGUAAAAUUAUUUGUGGAUGGCAGACGAUCAAGACUGUGUCGUCCAGCAGGGGGCUGGGGACUCAGAAAGCAGAGAUGCGGUUGAUGCGAAGCCAGACCGGUCCUCUUUUGUCCAGUUACUCUUCAAGGAGCUGUCCUGGAGUGGGGAGGAUGCAGCCAUGUGGAGCCUGGGCAUUUCUGCCGGUCAGCAGAGAAGGCGGAGGCCAGUGUGACUUUCCCAGCCCCAGUGUCCUAUGGAAAACUCCAGCGUGCAGUUCACUGCUGAUUCAGGCACAGGCCUUCAGGGCCGGGCCGGCUGUGCCAGUCUUCUGUCCCUGCUCGGCUCCGAGCAUGUUGAGUUUUUAUUAUUUCAGAGAAGAAGGAAACUCGCUGCCUGCUGUCACAGGGCGAAGCCUAGUUCUGAUGCAGAGAGAGAUGCUUUCCGAUGGAGACAUGAGUAAGAAGAAGAAAAGUGGCUCAGGGAGCUCAGUCAAGACCCCCCGGGACCGAGAGCCUACGUUUCAGUAUAACAUGGAUUUUGAGAAAGUGGGCAAAUGCAUCAUCAUUAACAACAAGAACUUCGACAGAAUGACAGGAAUGGGUGUCCGCAACGGGACAGACAAAGAUGCGGAGGCUCUUUUCAAGUGCUUCCGAAGCCUGGGUUUCGAUGUGACCGUCUAUAACGACUGCUCUUGUGCCAAGAUGCAAGAUCUGCUGAAAAAAGCUUCUGAGGAGGACCACCGAAAUUCAGCCUGCUUCGCCUGCAUCUUAUUAAGCCACGGAGAAGAAAAUUUCAUUUAUGGAACAGAUGGUGUGACAGCAAUAAAGGACCUGACGGUGCAUUUUAGGGGGGAUCGGUGCAAGACCCUUUUAGAGAAACCCAAACUCUUCUUCAUUCAGGCUUGCCGGGGGACAGAGCUCGAUGACGGGAUCCAGGCAGACUCGGGGCCUAUCAAUGACACAGAUGCUAAUCCCCGGUAUAAGAUCCCAGUUGAAGCCGACUUCCUCUUCGCCUAUUCCACAGUUCCAGGCUAUUACUCAUGGAGGAGCCCGGGGAGUGGCUCCUGGUUCGUGCAGGCCCUCUGCUCCAUCCUGAACGAGCACGGGAAAAGCCUGGAGAUCUUGCAGAUCCUCACCAGGGUGAACGACAGGGUGGCCAGGCACUUUGAGUCCCAGUCUGACGACCCACGGUUCCACGAGAAGAAGCAGAUCCCCUGUGUGGUUUCCAUGCUCACCAAGGAGCUCUACUUCUGAAGAUGACCAUUUCAGGGGCGCAUUCUAGCGGAGAAGUUACGGAUCACUGGUUGAUGAAUCAGGAAAAAAAAAUUGUUGAGGGAUACUCUUGAAAGAUCCGGAAAUUCUGAAGGAUUUUAAUUUCAGGAAGAUUACUAAUUCAACGGGAAAGAAACUUUCUGGUGCUGUCCUACGUUCUCUGAAAUUUCAGGGACUUUCUCUUUUUACAUUGUUAUCCAUUUGAUGACCUAAGAUUAAUUUUCUGUUUGUCUCCCUUUCUCCUUGUUGUCACACUUAGUACAUACAACAAAAGUGACCUCUACAGAUGGCUUUUGGCUUUGUCCACUGUGAUUGGUGGUGACAUUGGUCAACUCUUAGAGUCAUAUUUGUACCUGGCAAAGAGUGCUUGACGAAAAAACAGCCAAAGGGAUAUUCAUUCGCCUGUAUUGCAGGCAGUGGGUACUGAGUGUGGUUUGAGUGAUUUUUUUCAUUGGCUUAGGGCAGAUUCUCAUGCAAAAAUUCCCAGAUAUGUUAUAGGGGUCGGGUGUGUGGGGGGGGGGAGUGUAACGAUUCUAAUAUAUAGCAGUCAGCAUCUAGUCAGGAAAACAGAAGCCAUUCUGAGUGUUUCAGUAGAGGGAAUUUAAGAGAAAUUGACAUACAUAGAUGAUGAAAGAGAAGAUCAAUAAAAGGAAGCUCUUGCCACCUAAGGCUUUGAGGGGGUGUGAUCCUCUGAGUCCAGAGGCUGGGGUUGUCCACAGGAGCUGGAACCAUGGCAGGGGCUGGCUGGUGGAGCUAGUGCCCCUUAGGUGUUGUAGGAAAUGGAACUGUGCCAGGGACACAGCCACUGCCCCAGAUGGGGCAACACCGGAUGACUCAGACAUGGAAAUAUACCCUGGUUUCCCCUCUCCUUCUGGCCUUUAGUCUUUGUCCAGGACCUUGGCCCUUUCAGCCCCAGCUGGGAGGGAUCUGGCAAGGGCCCUGGGAAGUCUGGUUUCCUGCAAUACAGAGCACAGCAAGGGGCAGUGAGUCAGGGGAGGAACAGGAAAUAGGCCGGGCUUACAAAGUGAAGAGAAGGAAUCCUUUUCCCUGUGUUCAGUGAUUCAUCCAUUCAUUCCUUUAUUCAUUGAGUUGUCAGAUAAUCUGUGUAUUGCCGACCAUGUGCCAAAUAAUUUGUUUCAGCUUGAAGAUAUAUCUGGAACUUUUUAGGUUAUUCCAAGCCUUAUUCUGGAGUAAAAUGUUUGUUAUCUCUCGUUCUCUAAAUUGGGGAGGGUUGAUGGCGAAGAUAUUUGCACUGUGUUCCCAAAGUGGUGGUAUCUUUUGAAUUCCUGAUAAAUUACUGUUUUAUUCUGCCUAAUAACUUGUUAACAAACAUUUAUAUUUAUUGAUUAAAAUGCGAUUGCUUAAUUCCUAA